AUGGAUAUCGAAGAAGCAAUCAGGGAUUUGAAGCCUCUAGCUGGAGAAGUGGUCCCAAUUCGAACAGUCCAAGAGACAAGACCCCAAGAAGAAUUCGCCGAUGCGUUUGUCGCAGAAGUUAAUGUGAAGUCUGCCUCCAAAGUGAUCAAGGCUCUCGACUCGGCUUUCCCUAGAGAUCCUUCUCUUCCGCUAGCCCACCUCCGUCGCUUCGCCAAAAAAGAGAUACUCCCACUACCGUUGAGGACAACAAUUGAAAGCCUCAGCAUAAAUUCAUCAGCCCCAGCACAGACUAUCUUCGUUCUCAUCUCACCACCUUUACCUGAUCUCGCCACACUCAAAGCCCUGCUCGCUCCGUUUGCGCCGAACACAACGCCGGCCGCUACAAGCGAUUCUCCCAUCACAGAAAAAAUAUCAGAUGAGACAUCGUCUUCCGAUUCCUCAGCACCGAACAUUCAUCUUCACUCCAUAAAAAUCCCCCUCUAUCCCCCCUUCAACCUAACUCAAGCUGAAACAUGGACCAAGACACUCUGGCCUGUCGUCUUCAAUCCGGCCGCACCCCGCUCAACUGUCGCGCCUCCCCCUCAGACCCUGAAACGCGCGCAGGAAUCAAUUGAACCGCGGGCAGGGUACUAUCUUUCCCUCGCACGCAAAGUAGCAGAUGAAGCAGAGCAAUCUGGACUCGGCCGCGGCGUAGGCGCAGUGAUAGUUGACCCUGCCAUUGAAGAAGAAAUGGUCGAGGCAAGCUAUGAGGCCGGGUAUGAGGACACUACAGCUGAAUGGGACGAGGCUGUUAUCGCAGUUGCCGGUGAUGCGCGGUAUUCCCGCCCCGAGGCGGGGGCGCCAUCCCAAGCACAGCUGCAUGGUGAGGUGGCGCCAAACCCAGCGAGCAAGACUUACAAUGCGGAUGUCGAAGGUGGGCCUGAGCUGCACGCACUAAUGCGUGCAGUUGACCUGGUUGCUCGCUGGCGACGGGAACAUGAUCCUCUUGAUGGCAUACCCGUAUCGACAUCUGCGUCAGAAUCGUUGAAGUCAGAACAAGAACAGCAACAGCCAGAGACACUCGCCAAACUGAGUGCCCUCGAAUCAUACUUUCUAUAUCGCUACCGUCCCGAUCCCCCCAACCCUUCUCAGUCCCCAUCUUCUCCGUUGAAAAGAAAGCACGAAGAUCCAAACCCCGAAUCCGACUUAGCUAUCGACCCCUCCGCAGAUCCUUCCAAAUCUCAACUCUACCACGCACCGCUUCCGGGUCCUCCCCCAUCCACCACGGUUCUUGCAGAGCCUCCAAUCUCGGCUACAACUCCUGAUACUCGGCGUAUCCGCACCCGUUCGCAAGGCGGUUACCUUUGCACAGACCUCGACGUCUAUCUCUCCCAUGAACCCUGUCUAUGCUGCUCUAUGGGCCUGCUUCUAUCCCGGUUCCGGGCUGUUAUCUUCCCCAGACGCGGGAGAUUGAAAAGUGGCGGGCUUGCUUCUGAGCCAGUUGUUGCUCCUGUAGUCGACGAGCUUGGUCAAGCUGCAUCAGCGGGGACUUGCAUAGUUGAUGGACAGCAUGAGAGGGAAUACUAUGGGCUGCAUUGGAGAAAGGAGCUUAAUUGGAGGGCUCUCGGGUUUGAAUUUGUGGAGGAUGAGGCCGUGGAAAUACCAGAUGAGGCUACAAUGCCUGUCUUCCAUGCUUGA